AUGGAGAGGCAGAGGAGCCCCUCCACCUGCUCCAGGUCGUACCACUGCCACCUGCUAAGUCCAAAGAGCCUCCUCCUCGUCUCCUUUGUCUCCUUGUCCCUCCUCGUCCCCUUUCUCCUGGCCUUCCGCCAUGGCCAUCUGCUCCACCUCCCCUUCGUGUUCGCCACAGCCCCGGCACCGGUUCUCGUGGGUGGCGGGGGCUUGGAUUCGGCUGUGGAGGUGAAAGAAGCUGCUCCUGAAGGUGGAGGUGGCGAGAGGUUUCCAAAAGAUUCGAUUUCAGAGGGACCAAUCUUAGCAGAAGGCAGGAAUCUUAGCAAAGAAACUCUUGGUUUGCCAACUGCAUCAGCAGAGAAAUUGGAGGGAACAGGGUCUGCGCGAGCUCUCAAUUUCUCCAUACAAGCUUCAGGUCCCUCAAAGGGGUCGAGAGACGAAUUCUUGCAAGAUGGACAUGUUGAUGAUAGGCCUAAUUCAUCUGUACUUGGAGCUUAUUCAUCUGAACAAGGGGAACGAUGGGAAAGCUCAGAUCAUUCAACAGUGAGGUACAAAGCAGGAGCAGCUCCAGUCAAUCCAACUAAACAAGAACCUAAUCUGAAUCUAGAAAUGGCUGCGAGCAAAAUUGAUUUUGCGCAAAGCAAUGCUAUAAAGUGUGAUGUUUCUGAUGGGAGUUGGGUGUUUGACGAGAGCUAUCCGCUCUAUGCGAGCAACGCGUGCCCAUUUAUAGAUGAAGGAUUCAGCUGUGAAGCUAAUGGGAGAAUGGACCAAAGCUAUAUGAAGCUUAGGUGGCAGCCUAAGCAUUGCAGCAUUCCAAGGUUUGAUGCUAGGAAAUUGCUUGAGAUGCUGCGAGGAAAGCGACUAGUGUUUGUCGGAGAUUCCAUUAACAGGAACCAAUGGGAAUCCAUGAUGUGCUUGCUGAGUACGGAAAUCUCAGAUCCUGCAAGGAUUCAUGAAACUCGUGGCCACAAGAUUAAGAAAGAGAAAGGAUAUUACAACUUUGAGUUCUUGGACUAUAAUUGCAGUGUGGAGUAUCAUGCCACCCAUUUCUUGGUGCAUGAAGCCAAGGCAAGAAUGGGCCAGAAGGGCACAAUGACGCUACGAAUCGAUACCAUAGAUCGGAGCUCGUCAAGAUGGAAAGGUGCUGAUGUGCUUAUGUUCAACUCUACUCUUUGGUGGUCAUGUCACAAAACAAAUGAUGGGAACAACUUGAGAAUUGUUGCUGUCUCCUCUAUGGAGCAUUUGGUUGUAAGAUUUAUCACUGAUUUCAGCGGAGGAGAGUGGAAUUCAGGGGGACACUGCAGAGAGAGCACACUAGGCCUUAAUGACAGUCAUGUAUGGCCAAUGCCUGAGAUAAACGUGAUGCUUGAGCAAGUCUCAAAGCAAAUGAAGAAUCCUGUGACAAUUCUGAACAUCACUGAUCUAUCCAGGCAAAGAAUGGAUGGUCACCCAUCUGUUUAUCGACGGAAGGGAGUAGAUUUAACAGCAUCGAGUGGCCAGGACUGCAGCCAAUGGUGCCUUCCUGCGGUCCCAGACACAUGGAAUGAGCUGCUGUUCUACCAUCUAGUGUCCUCACGAGAAUAG